AUGGCCUACGGGGGCGCGAUGGGCACGUCGUCCGGCGGUGGCGGUGGCGGUGGAGGUGACGUGCUGGGCACCGCCGCCGGCGACUACAGUCCCCAGAGUACGCCCACGCCCUUGACCGGGCACUCGGGCGCCACGGGUGCCACGGUGGAGGGCGCGUACACACCCGGAGCAACCGGGGCGGCCAGCUACAGUCCCCAAGACAGCCCUGCCAGCUCCGCCGGUGGCAGCGGUAACGGCCAGCUGCCGAGUUUCGGCUUCACGCAGGAGCAGGUCGCGUGCGUUUGCGAGGCGAUGGUGUCGAAUGUCCAGGUUCUCCAGCAGGCAGGCUCCGUGGAGAGGCUCAGCCGAUUUCUCUGGUCGUUGCCGGCGUGCACCAGAUUGCACCGGCACGAGAGCGUGCUGAAAGCGAAGGCGAUCGUCGCCUUUCAUCGGGGCCAGUUCAAGGAGCUUUACAGGAUCUUGGAGAGCCAUACCUUCAGCCCGAAUAAUCAUCCAAAGCUGCAGGCUCUCUGGCUCAAGGCGCACUACAUCGAGGCCGAGAGAUUGCGUGGCAGGCCGCUCGGUGCAGUCGGAAAGUACCGAGUACGUCGCAAGUUUCCGCUGCCGCGCACAAUCUGGGACGGCGAGGAGACGUCCUACUGCUUCAAGGAGAAGUCCAGAAGCGUCCUGAGGGACUGGUACGCCACCAAUCCGUAUCCGUCGCCGCGCGAAAAGCGAGAAUUGGCGGAAAGCACCGGUCUCACUACCACGCAGGUCAGCAAUUGGUUCAAGAACCGAAGGCAGAGAGAUCGAGCCGCCGAGCAAAGCGGCCAGAGGGAGGAUAAAACUCACGGCGGGGGUCUCGGGGAUUCCAGCAGCGAGAGCGGAGACGAGACCAAGCGGCAGUCCGCCGGUCAGCAGCAGCAGCAGCAGCAACCGCAGCAACCGUCCUCGUGCGCAGUCCAGCAGCAACAGCAACAGCAGCAACAGAUGGUGGACCAUCAGCAGACUUCCGGCAUAUAUCAAUUGCCGCCCCCGGUCUCAGUUCCGAGCCCGCACUCGUACCAUCAAGGACACGGUUCGUCUCUGAGCCAUCCGCAUAUGCAGCACCACGACGCAAGCAGCGAGAGCGGCGACAGCAAGAGAAACCUUCAUCUCCAGCUGCAACAUCAUCACCAGGUAGGCGCUCACGGCGCCCACGGACUGGUUCAUCCCACGGCAACGCUGCCACCACCACCACCCAGCUGCGCCCAACAAAAGAGUCAGUUGGAUUACAUGCAAUACUACAGUCCACAGGAUUACUUAAUCGGCACGCCGACUUCUGCGGAUUUGCAGAAGUCGUUGCCGCACACGGCGACGUCGAUGCAGAUGGGGGCGAUCGCGCCCUCGAUGGGCGGACUCAGCCCGAUGGGGCCCUCGACGAUGCUGUCCAACACUAUGCAGAGCGUCAACACCAUGAACACCAUGUCGAUGAACGGCAUGAGCAUGGGCGCGUAUCAGAGCAUGGGUUCAAUGGGGAUGUCGACGUCGCAUGCGGGUUACCAUAGUGGUCUCGUGCUGGGCGAGUACCAUUCCUUGUGACCUUGGGCCCCAAGCACUCAGAGCAAGAGGAGCCAAGAGAAGACUUAAAUAUGCAUUGCCGGCGACGUGCGAAACGUUUCGAUCGAUUAAGGUAUUCGAACCGUUUGCCGAAAUCUGGAUCGUCAAUUAAUUAUCAUUCUUUUGAAGAGAAAAAAGAUUCAUUGAAUGUUCGAAAAAUAAAUCAACAUUACAAAAAAACAAAAAAUAUCUGCCCUAGGAUCCUUUUUUCAUCGCGAUAAUAAUUUCUUGACGAUUCAUUUUAAUGUUCACACAAAUAAGAAAGAGUCUCCACGUAUGCAACGUUUCAUCUCCCUGGAGCUUUUCUCGGUGGGUGUUCAGAGCGUAUGAAGAGCGUCAAAUAGUCUGUCAAACUGUCGUCUGUCGCUCUCGGUGUUUUCAAUAAUUUAUAUUCCCAUUGAAAAAUGUGUCUCUUAUUUUUUGAUCGAGUAAUAUUUUGAUUUAAAACAAAAAUAAUAAGAUAGAGCGGGACUAGUUAUUCAACUAUAACGGGCCAAUUUUUAUUCAAACUGUUAUAAAUUUUUACAUCUUAUUAUGAUAAACUACUGGCAAUAGUUUUAAAAGACAUAUUUAUCUAACUCAAUAAGUAAACACUCAUAAACCUUUAAAAUAUACGAAAAUAGAUAAAAAUGUUGAAUGAAAAGUCAGAGUGACUUAAAAUAUUCUACUUAUGAAACAUGUUGAGCCACGAGAGAACGAAAGUAAGUUGAGAGACAAAAAUAUAAAUAUCUAAGAAUUAUAUAUAAGUAUCUGAUGUUUGUUUCCACCAUCUUCGAUUAACUUAAUAAGUUAACGAAACGUUCAUGUCUGUUAACAAUCGGACAUAGACGGCGUAUAUGUAUUAUAGUCUCCGUCUCUACGCUUUGUCACGCAGACAUCAACAUGUUCAUACGCAUUUCGAUUAUUGAGAUAUUUGCAAGCCCCAACUUGUCUCCAAAGCUUUAGUCUCGCUGUAUCUUAUUUUAAAUUAAACUCGUCUACAACAGUCGCACAGGCUGUGUCGCAUGUCGUGUAAGAGUGUCGUUAGAUGAACAUCUACAACAGUCGCAAAGAUUGGCUGCGACAGCUAAUCAAAAGAUAGAAUGUUAAAAUGUGUAAGGUUUUUAAACGUUCUUUAUUAUUUCCGUUGUGUACAAACACAAUGGAUGACCGCGAAAAUGAUUAAUCUUGCAGUUUCUUGCUUUCAAUUUUUUAAGCUUAGUAUUGUUACACUGUCAGUUGUUCGGCGAAUCAAACAACAGGAUUAAAUUCUGUUUUACACACAUUUUUUGGUCGGAUGAUUGAUAUAGGUAUGGCUCUUUGGUUCGAGGAAUCACUCAUCUUUCUUAAUUAAAACAAAAACAAUACAUAAGGAAAUACAAAAAAAUACACAAGAAAAUGUAACACUCAGCUAACAAUACGCAAAUUACUUCGUCGCCAAACUUCCUGUGCUAUGAUCUGCUGAUCUCAUGCGACACGCUUGUCGCAGAAAGUUGAAGUUAGCUCAACUUCGUGCGACAAGGACUUUUGCGACAAUCUUACGACCGGAAACAGUAUUUCUACGACAUUCUUAUACGACCUACGACACAAUCUGUGCGACUAUUGUAGACGAGACUUUUACGUUCGAUUAAAAUUUCUUAACUUGGAAAUAAAACAAAUAUUGGUUUCAAUCAGAUAUGAAGAUUCUCUCUGCAUAGUUUCCCAAAAAAGUUACAUCUCACUCUUGAGAAAAUCAAAAGACGCCGAGACGGCAACAACGUUUCUGAGAGAGAGAGAGCGAGAGAGAGAAAUAGCAAAAGACAUAUUAGCAUUUUACUUUUCAAGUUCGUACACUCUUUGCGACGCGCCGGCCAAGACCGGCUUGUGUGUGUGUUUACCACUAUUUCCAUAAAGUAAACACCGGGGUGGAAGAAAUUCCCGCCAGCUUUUCUGCUCCGUCAUACAGCGUGCAUACUUGGCGCUGCGUUUCUUCCGUUUUUCUCCUGCUCGUCUCGCGAGAACAAACCGUACGAACAAAGAGAAUCUGUUUUUUUUUCGCGAAAUCGCGCACGAAAACGCAAGAGAACGCGACUCACACCCCCCUCCCCCUCUCACUCAAUAGAUUCGAUCAGCUCAAUAAUUAAUUAGCCGUAAUUAAUUAUACGCUCCUCUCACAUCGUACGCUUUUGUGUUGUCCUAUAUAUGUACAUAUGUAUAAUACACGCAUUCGACAAUUUUAUUAGUAAGUUAAUCUUGUCUUCGUUCGCUGCCUACCGAGUGUUCUCGAAUUGUUAUUAUCCCAUCAUUUGUUGCUUCGAAGUACAAGCGUAUAUCGAAUAACGCGUUUUCGUAAAAGUAAUUAAAUAAUAGAUAAAGAUUUAUUUAAAGAAAAACUAUCGAAGCAUAGAUUCUUUGCUAAUCUCUUAAUUUAAAAAUAACUCUUUCUCUUUUCGUUUAUAUUUAACAUUUUUACAAACGAUGGCACACACAGAAAAGAAAAUUUAUUCUGAUAAGAUAAUCUUGCUUACGACGUUUGAAUUUAUUAAACGCGGUUAUAGAUGAGUUUUGAAAGUUCGGGACACACACUGCGGUAGGCUGUGAGUUCAUCGCUUCAUAAGAGUAGUACGUAAGUUGUCAUUUUUAUUUGCAGUUCGUAGUCUGUACAUAAAAAAAAGAAUACAUCUAAAGACACAGCGCGAGAGGAAAAUUAAAAUAAAUACGUAAGCGAAAAUGAGAAAAUAUAAUGCGGGAUAAAAAUAAAAAAUAUAUAUAUAUAU